AUGGCCAACCGAACCGACCGAUCUCUCGUGCUGAUUGGCUCCGGGCCUGGCAUCGGCCGACACGUAGCCAUCGAGUACGCCCGCAAGAGGUUCAACAAGAUUGCGCUAGUGGCACGGAACCCGACCCAGCUCGCCGAGGACAAGGCCGCGGUUGAGGCCGCCGUUGUUGAUGGAAAAGUCGACGUCCAGACGUUUGCGGUCGACAUUACCGACUCGGCCAAGUUCCGCGCCGAGCUCGAGAACAUAGGCCGCGUCGUUGGCACGCCCGAGUGUGUCUACUUCAACGCCGCGAGGAUCAUCCCCACGCCGUUUUUCCAGGCAACGGAAGAGGACAUCCUGUACGACUUCAAGAUUAACUGUACGGCUCUAUAUGCCGCCGCCGAGUGGGCGUUCCCCCAGCUCGCCGACCUCAAGCGCUCCGACUCUCAAGCACGGCCUUCCUUCCUCGUCACGAGCUCCCUGCUGCCCAAGUAUCCGAUCGCGGAUCUCUUCAUCCUCUCCAUGGUCAAGGCCGCGCAGCGAAACAUGGUGCAGUCCUUGUCGGAUGUAUACAAGCCUCAGGGUGUACACGUCGGUGUGAUUGCCGUCGGUGGCCCCGUCAGCCCAUCGUCUGCGACGUUGAACCCGACCAACAUUGCGGCCCGAGCGUGGGAUUUCUUCAACCAGGAUGACUUUGAGAUUGAGAUCUUGUAA